CCGAAUCGGACGGUUCGCCGUGCAUACUCGCAUCAUAUGAUUAAAGUCCUAAGUGGGAAAACCGACCGGAGCUCCGACAGUUAGCCCAGACAGAGCGGCUGAAGAUGCGGGGCACGCGCAGCCUUCCGAGCUUCGUGCUGUAUGGGAGCCAACCGAGGAAGCGCCCCGCGAGGAACUCACGUCGUAAUGGACCGUGAUGUUCCUCUUCUUGGUGGACGGCUUGGACCUUCACGGCGGUUCUUGAACCAGAGGGCGCCGGGCAGCAGUCUCCCUUGCUCCCCUCUCCUCGAGGCGUGGACCUCAGAAUCAAGAGGAAAGUGAGAGAUACCCAGUUGAAAGGGUCUGGCCGAAUUCUUGCAGCCCCUACAAAAAAAGAAGUUUUGUGAUCGUGCUACCCGCCUAUAGAGUAUAAGGUGCUCGGUAAAGUUGACCUGUUCCGAUAACUCAUGGUAUGACGUGAAAAUGGAUGUUGAUAACCCUUAUGAUGACAAUGAAAACUACAAAAAUGAUUCCCCGAUGAAAGAAAAUGGCGAUCUCCAAGCAGUCUUGCCAGAUACCUCUGGUGAAGGUUUUCCUUAUGCGCCUGAGAACUUUCCUAACCCAGGAGACAAAUGGAGGUGGAGGGUGGGGAAGAGAGUCGCCGUUACAGGCCACUACCUCGAUCGGUACCUUUAUGCUCCGAAGAGUCUGAAACAUCAUCUUCUUCAGAACAAGUUGGGUGCAAAUUAUGCGUUUCCAAGCAAGCUUUCGCUCCAACGCUUCAUUGGGGCCGAAUUUCCUGAUGCUGACGUGGAGGCAUUCUUCGCAUCUUUCAGCUGGAAGAUCCCCUCAAAGAAGCUCCAGUUAGCAGACGGUAUUACUGAUCCGGGUAGUUUCCUCGCUGUACCUCACCAUGAGAGCCCUGAACCUUCUUCUUCAGAUCCUGGCCCCGCAGGCUGUAAAGCCCAUAACAGGACAUGCGUCAGCUUAAUAUCUAAAUCGGGCCAAACAACUUUACCAUCAAUGCCCUGUGACAUCUGCUGUUCUGAACCAGGUUUUUGCCGCGACUGCUGUUGCAUACUCUGUUCCAAGACUGUAGAUUCCUCGCAUGGAGGUUAUUGUUUCAUCAGGUGUGAGGCCUUGAUUGGUGAGGAGAAUUCCAUGUGUGGCCACUUGGCCCACCUCAACUGUGGGCUCCGCGCUUAUAUGGCCGGAACUGUGGGUGGAAGUAUUGGUUUGGAUGCAGAGUACCAUUGUCGCCUCUGUGAUUCGAGAACAGAACUGGUGUCCCAUGUUACAAAGUUGUUGGAGACAUGUAAGUCCAUUGAUUCUCUGGAUGAGGUAGAGAAGGUCUUGAACUUGGGAGUAUCUCUCCUUUGUGGUUCGCAGAAGACAAGUGCAAAGUUGCUUCUGAGCAGCAUUUAUUUUGCUCUCUCAAAGCUCAAGCGCGGGAAUUCUCUUGAAGAAAUCUGGAGAGGAGAUGACAGCUCAGUUGUUCCCAUUUCCAGCAAUGGUAGCAAUCCUAGCCUGCCAAGAAAAAAUGGCAGUCCCUGUCGAGAAGAUUCAGAAAACAAGAAUUUGGCAGAUGCCACCAAACGAAAAAGAGAGCCAUCAAAUGAGUACGACUCUUUUGGGAUUGAGAUCCAUCACCAGAAGCUCGACGCUGAGAUCACCAGGGUACUCCAGGCAAUGAAAGAGGCGCAGGAGUUUGAGUACAGAAUGGCAGAGGAACGACUGUAUGCUCAGAAGAAUCACCUCCGUAACUUGUACCUGCAGCUUGAGCUUGAGCAAGAGAUCUCUGAGCUGAGGGAACUAGGAUUAUCCAAUGGCUCCAGUGAGUUGGUGAACUCUGUCUCGAAAAGAAAGGAUCAGAUAAAGCGAGAGUACGAGAAACUCUUGGAGAUGAUGGAAGUGGCAAAAGGAUUUGGAAGGACUUCGAAGGAGAUUCUGAGGGAGCAUUUCGGUUUGGGGUUAGAGGAAAACCAUGCAGAGUAAAUGGCAUUCUUCAGAAAGCUGUUUGAAUUGAACUCAGGUGUGAUUUCAUGCAUCCUGUGGAAUCCUACUGCUUGUAGCUGGGUUAUGCUGCAUUUAGAAAUUUCAAAUUCCAGUCUUGGAUUACAUCGAGUUGUCGGUUGGUAUGGCACCAUGGUGAGCUGGAAUUAGGAGUGGAAGUAGAGGAAAGAUAGUUGAACAAUGGACUUGUUAAAUCAAGAAAAUGUAGUUUUCAGCUAAUAGUUGCAUAGCUAUUCCCCUAAAAUGAAUAUGAUCUGCUAGUGUUAGACAGGCAAAGGAACAUUUUUCUUAGUUUAGGAACUGAUGGAUUGGAUUGAUCAGACGUGACAAUUUUUGAUUCAUUUACUGGGUGGCACUUCGUUUAUGUAAGCAUUGUUUGUGUACUGCUUGUGACAGUGAAGAAAAAUGUGAAUGAUAGGGAAGUCUCUCAAUGUGGAUUAAAGUUCUCA